AUGACUGUCCGCUUCAAGAGUCAGAGUGAGUAUCAGAAGAGCUACAGGGUGUCCCGCUCCAGCAGUGCGUCUCCUCAGCGUUACGCUCCGUGGGCCGGCCUGCGCUCCGACCAGAUGGCAGAGAACCCGGCCUUCAGCGCAGGAAGAGGGUCGGUCCUGCUGGUCCUGCUCAGUCCCGAACCUUUCUGCUCCGUCCACCAGAUCCACAGCAGUCUGUCACUGAGCCGACCGUUCAUGCACAGAGAACAGCGCCUCCUGCUGCUUAAAAACACCUACAACUACAACCGCAGUGUACUUCUUGCCGUCAUGUCCUGCCUUCUGCACCCACCGCCUAAAACCAAACUGAGGUCCUCCAGGAGCCGUUCAGCCCACAGGAAGGAGCCGUCCCGGGAGCCAAGACCUCCAACGCCAACACCUGGGUCACGGACAGAACCAGCGUCUCUUGCAGAUCGUGAACCUCCUGCAGGACCACGACGUGCUGCAGAUCCUGAAGCAAGGACUGCUGGGAAAUCUUCAAAGCCCCGCCCCUCUAAACGCGACAGCCAACCACAGCCCAGCAGCCCCGUGACCUCAGCGCCUGAUGGACUGCAGCCCUCGACCUAUGAGGAGGUGGAGCUCGCUCUGCGGAGGAGGGCGGGGCUUAGGUCCGGAGGUCAAAGGUCAGGGAGCCACAGGACAGAGUACAACAGACAGUUCAGCUGGAAGAAGCCUGUAGCUGCUGCUUCACCUUUACUGACUGCAGAACAGGUGCUUUACUCCAGCAGCAGGUCAGUCUCCCCCUUGAAGAAGAAACCCGUUUCCAUGACAACGGAGUACCAGCAGAGCUUCCAGGGUCUGCUCCCACCGGCCAGACCUCGCCUUCGGAAACACCUGGAGCAUCAGAGAGUCCCACUGUUUUACACACACAAGAGCAACAAAAAGAGGCGGGAGGAGUCGGAGAAUGUGCUCCGUCCAGACCAGCUGACCCCCACCAGCUCUCAGAGGGAAAACGCCACGCCCCCUCCUCCACGGGUUCAGAGAGGUCACAGGAUGUUGACAGAGUAUCAGUCCAGCUUUCGUUCUCCUCUCUACAGGAUCCCCGAAGAAGGCGGAGACACGGACGCCGACGCCCCUCAGUUGAGUGAGUUGAGGCAGCGGGCGUUGGCGUACCGUCGUCGGGCGUGGGGGACGAACUUCUCCAGAGACCACCUGAGCCAGCUGCUGUCUGAACACACCGCUCUGUGGGAGCCCACCGACACCACCACCGACUCCCCCACCCAGCCCCCCACCCCCAGCCUGUCCUGCAGCCGCACCUCUUCCUGUGUGGAGGCUCUGGACCUGGCCAGGGAGGAGGGAAGGUUACCGACUCCCAAGCUGAAGACGAGGCCCGUUCAGAGGACUCACCAUGAUGUCACCACACCUGUUACAGGAGCCGUGCUGGUGGGGAAGAUGAGGAGCUCCGACGCCGCCGCCGACCUUCCCGUCUCACGUAAGGAGGCGUGGCUAGACAUCAACCCCACCCGCCUGCUCUCCUCAAGCCCCGCCCCCAACCACAAACCCGCCUCCAGCCCGCCCUCUAAACCAAUCAGGACGAAGCGAACGCCUUACUCCCUGAUAGCCCCGCCCCCACCGGGCCCGACUCCGCAGCACGGUAUCCAAGGCACCCUGAGGCACCCCGACUUCCAGCACAACGGUGAUCUGGGUUUGAGGUUCAGAGAGCUUCAGUGUUCAGGACAAGGCUGCGGCUCUGAUGAAGACGACCGUCUCUCAGUGAUGUCGUGGCGCUCGGCGGCUUCCUGCUCGGUGGCGUCGAGCGUCCUGGAGCGCGCUCAGAAGAGACGGGAGAACUUCUGGGGGAAGAGAUGACGCCGGGCCGGGCCGCUGCCG